CUUACAAAUAAGGCGACUACUAUGCUAUCGGGUCUUCGGCGAAACUCGGGUGAGUAGUUGUGUCUAGCGUGCGAGGCCACACGACUUAGCUUCGAUUUAUCGCCUUAGUACUGCCUUAGCUUGUUCUCCACUCAUGCCAUCAAAAACGACCAGAAAAUGAGGGCUCUGCUUUGAAUCCAGACAUUUAACCUGGCUGAAAUUCGAGUGAGGAAACGUACAAGAUGGCACCCAAGCUCCCUGCAGAGCCUGCCAGCGCAGAAGAGAUCCGGCAGUAUCUCGAACGAAUUCUUGUGGAGAAGUACCAAACCUCCCCCGCGCUUGCCGAGAAGACUGCCAGCCGGUGGCAGGUUGGUCGGGGUACGGAACUUCGACAGUUCAGUCUGGGAACAUUCAGGGCGCACUUUGGGGAGGAUAUCGGUCUAUGCCUAUACAAAGGAGUCUGCGAGGACAAGUAUGACGAUUGGUGCCCGACUACCACGUCCAAAAUUACUAGAGGGCUUCUAGCUACAUCGAUUGCCAUUGUGGCAACCCUUAUCAUUCUUUAUGUCUUCCCCGGGCUUCUGAACCCCCCAGCCAAGCCUUACGGCCGUCCUGCUUUCAUUGAUUCGCCUGCGGUAUCACCGAUCCCAUGGGCGUUUUACGGCAUGGCACAACUCAACUAUUUCUACCAACAUCCCAAGAACGACACAAACGAUCUCAGCCUUCUCGUAGGAGGGAUGUUGGGAAUCAUGGCCUUGUGCCUUGUGCCUGGACUCUGUCUGCUCUAAGAGAGUUGAACUGGGAUCACAGUGGCAUUCAUAGUUCCCAACCACUGAAAGGGUUUGCAUUGUGAUCCUUGCACGUCUCUCGAAUGACAAAUAUGCGAUACACAGAGGAUUAUCACGUCAGUAAGCCUCGCAUCACACCUCGCAGAGUGGGACUUACAAAGACGAUUGGUAAUGGCUCAGGUGAAACCCCGGUGCCCAUGUCCAUCGUUGCCGAGAAAUCCAGAAUUAUCGAAGUUGAGGAUGAGUAGACGAUUCCCAAGGUGCACUAGCUGCGGUUGAUAUAUCACUGAGUUAGACGGGAUGUAAAACAAGAAUGUGAAAUACCUGAAAAAUUGGAGGAGACUCUUCCCUUCGCC